UGUACCUUAUGGCUUAUAUGAGUAAAGCCCAGACUCUGUCAGACUGGCAGUCAGACUGUCAGACUGGCAGAUGGAUCUUUGUUGGGUUCAAAUAUUAAGAUACCUCUAGCCACAUUCUCUCCAUCUUCCUCUUCAACUUCACCUUCUUUUUUUCUCUUGUGUACUACAAGCCUCCGGGCGUCCUUUCGUUCUCCCGAGACUUGUGUCUCCACCCCUCACCAACCAUGUCUGUUCUGGGGACCCUCAAUCCCAAUUUAACCCCUUCCCAGCACGUUGAUGCUCAUGCUCCAGAGAAAUUGGCCGCUAGUUCGACUAGUGUGUUGAGUUCCACCGAGACCGCCAGAGAAAAGGACGAGCGCGACUACGAACAAGAUGCCGAAGAUGAAGUUACCCGCCUAGCGCAGCAACUGACACACCAGUCCACCCGCUUCUCCACCCAUAAUGUAGAGAACCCGUUCCUCGAAGUAGGCGAGGAUUCGACCUUGAACCCCGCCAGCCCCAACUUCAAGGCCAAGAACUGGAUGAAGAACCUCUUGGCGCUCUCCUCCCGCGACCCCGAACGUUACCCCAGGCGCGAAGCCGGGGUGGCAUUCAGGAACCUCAGUAUCCACGGCUAUGGCAGUGCAACCGACUACCAAAAGGAUGUCUUCAACUCCGUCCUGCAGAUAGGGGCCCUGGCCCGCGCUGUCAUGGGCAAUGGAAAGCAGAAGAUCCACAUUCUGCGCGACUUUGCCGGUCUGGUCAAGAGUGGUGAGAUGCUGGUGGUGCUCGGGCGACCUGGAAGUGGAUGUUCUACCUUCCUCAAAACCCUGGCAGGUGAAAUGAACGGUAUCUAUAUGGAUCCCGAGUCCGAACUCAACUACCAGGGCAUUCCCGCGAAACAAAUGCGGAAGCAGUUCCGGGGAGAGGCCAUCUAUACCGCUGAGACUGAUGUCCACUUCCCCCAACUGUCCGUGGGCGACACCUUGAAAUUUGCCGCGCUGGCUCGUUGCCCUCGCAAUCGGUUUCCCGGUGUGACGCGUGAGCAGUAUGCGGUGCACAUGCGUGACGUCGUCAUGGCGAUGCUGGGUCUCUCACAUACUAUCAACACCCGUGUCGGUAACGACUUUGUUCGUGGGGUUAGUGGUGGAGAGCGAAAGCGUGUCAGUAUCGCGGAAGCCACUCUCAGUGCUAGUCCUCUGCAGUGCUGGGAUAACAGUACUCGUGGCUUGGAUAGUGCAAACGCUCUGGAGUUCUGUCGGACUUUGAACCUGAUGACCAAGUAUGCGGGUAGCACAGUCGCUGUGGCCAUCUAUCAGGCAUCGCAGAGUGCCUACGAUGUCUUCGACAAGGUCACUGUCUUGUACGAAGGCAGACAGAUUUACUUCGGACCCACGGACGAGGCGAAACAGUUCUUCAUUGACAUGGGUUUCGAGUGCCCGGAGCGCCAGACCACGGCCGAUUUCCUGACCUCCCUCACUAGUCCGGCUGAACGCAUCGUGCGAAAGGGCUAUGAGGGCAGCGUCCCACAAACCCCGGAUGAGUUUGCCGCCGCCUGGAAAAGCAGUGCUGCUUAUGCGCAGUUGAUGCGAGACCUCGACGAGUACCACCAGGAAUUUCCCCUUGGUGGUGAGUCCGUGGGCAAGUUCAUCGAAUCUCGCAAGGCCAUGCAGGCCAAGAACAUGCGUAUUGGUUCCCCGUAUACCGUCUCUCUCUACGAACAAGUUAAACUCUGCAUGAUCCGCGGUUUCCAGCGUCUCCAAGGAGACGCCAGUUUGACGUUGAGUCAGCUUAUUGGAAACUUUAUCAUGGCUUUGAUUAUUGGAAGUGUUUUCUACAAUCUAGAUGAGACCACUGGCAGCUUUUACUCUCGUGGUGCCUUGCUUUUCUUUGCCGUCUUGCUUAAUGCCUUUUCCUCUGCUCUUGAGAUUCUGACACUCUAUGCGCAACGUCCGAUUGUCGAAAAACAAGCCCGCUAUGCCAUGUACCAUCCGUUCGCCGAAGCUAUUGCCUCGAUGCUUUGUGAUAUGCCUUACAAAAUCCUUAAUGCUAUCACGUUUAACCUGACGCUCUAUUUUAUGACAAAUCUCCGCCGAGAACCAGGGGCAUUUUUUGUGUUCCUGCUUUUCUCGUUCGUGACGACUUUGACGAUGUCUAUGCUCUUCCGGACCAUUGCAGCCUCUUCCCGGACCCUCUCCCAAGCCUUGGUCCCUGCCGCUAUCCUUAUCCUCGGUCUAAUCAUCUACACCGGUUUCACUAUUCCUACCCGGAACAUGCUCGGGUGGUCGCGCUGGAUGAAUUACAUCAACCCCAUCGCCUAUGGAUUCGAAAGUUUGAUGGUCAACGAGUUUGAGGGCCGGACGUUCCCCUGUUCCGACCUUGAAUGGAUCCCAUCCGGCACGGGAUACAACGCUGUCUCUCGAGCUAAUCAGAUUUGCGCGGUUGUGGGUGCGACCGCCGGCAAUGAAUUGGUCCGGGGAAGUGAUUAUCUUCAUGAGAGCUUCCAUUAUUACGAGAGCCACAAGUGGCGCAACUUGGGUAUUAUGUUUGGUUUCAUGUUUUUCUUACUAUCCACCUACCUUGCGGGCACCGAGUACAUUUCGGAAGCCAAGUCCAAGGGUGAGGUGCUGCUCUUCCGUCGCGGCCAGGCUCCUCCUGCUUCAGAUGAUGAGGAGACCCACAGCGCAGUUACUGCCGGAGAGAAGGUGGAUCAGUCCGGCCAGGGUGAGGCCAACAUUCAAAGACAGGAGGCUAUUUUCCAGUGGAAGGACAUUUGUUACGAUAUCAAAAUCAAGGGUGAGCCCCGGCGUAUUCUCGAUAACGUGGAUGGAUGGGUGAAGCCCGGUACUUGCACUGCUCUCAUGGGUGUGUCUGGUGCUGGUAAAACAACCCUUCUGGAUGUGCUUGCCACUCGUGUCACUAUGGGUGUUGUAACUGGCGAGAUGCUGGUUGAUGGUCGGCCCCGCGAUCAGGCUUUCCAGCGCAAGACCGGUUAUGUACAACAACAGGAUCUUCACCUUCAUACAACCACCGUGCGCGAAGCUCUACGGUUCAGUGCUUUGCUUCGUCAACCCGCCAGCGUUAGCCGCCAGGAGAAACUCGAUUACGUCGAAGAGGUUAUCAAGCUACUUGGAAUGGAAGCCUAUGCAGAUGCCGUCGUUGGUGUUCCUGGUGAAGGUCUGAAUGUGGAACAGAGAAAGCGUCUGACCAUCGGGGUGGAACUCGCUGCCAAACCCCAAUUGCUGCUCUUCCUGGACGAACCUACCUCGGGUCUUGACAGUCAAACUUCCUGGUCGAUUCUAGAUCUCAUCGACACUCUUACCAAGCACGGCCAAGCCAUUCUUUGCACAAUCCACCAGCCGUCAGCCAUGCUCUUCCAGCGCUUUGAUCGCCUGCUAUUCCUGGCCAAAGGUGGACGCACCGUCUAUUUUGGCGAGAUCGGAGAGAAGUCCUCUACUUUGUCUGAUUACUUUGAAAGGAACGGUGCCCCGAAACUUCAUCCCGAGGCUAAUCCUGCUGAAUGGAUGCUAGAAGUCAUUGGCGCAGCUCCGGGGUCCCACAGUGAUAUCGAUUGGCCUGCUGUCUGGCGCGAUAGCCCUGAACGACAGGCGGUCCAUGAACACCUGGCCGAGCUGAAGACCACUCUGUUGCAGAAGCCGAUUGAUCCCUCUGCAUCUGACCCAACUAGUUACAACGAAUUCGCUGCUCCUUUCACUGCUCAGUUGUGGGAAUGCUUGCUGCGGAUCUUUUCUCAGUAUUGGCGAAGCCCUGUUUAUAUCUACUCCAAGUCGGCCCUUUGUAUCCUCACCGCGCUCUAUAUUGGUUUCUCCUUCUUCCAGGCCGAAAACAGCAGACAAGGUCUCCAGAACCAGAUGUUCAGUAUUUUCAUGCUGAUGACUAUCUUUGGUAACCUGGUCCAACAGAUUAUGCCCAACUUCUGCACCCAGCGCGCCUUGUACGAGGCUCGUGAGCGACCUUCGAAGACCUACUCAUGGAAGGCGUUCAUGACCGCCAAUAUUAUUGUCGAGCUUCCCUGGAACAGUCUGAUGGCGCUCUUCAUCUUUGUCUGCUGGUACUACCCUGUUGGCCUCUAUCGCAACGCGGAGCCUACGGAUGCUGUGCAUGAACGCGGAGCCCUGAUGUUCCUGCUGAUCCUCACCUUCCUCCUCUUUACCUCAACCUUCGCCCACAUGGUCAUUGCUGGCAUCGAGCUUGCCGAAACGGGCGGUAACUUGGCCAAUCUGGUUUUCUCGCUCUGCUUGGUAUUCUGUGGUGUCCUUGCCACGCCCGCACAGCUGCCCGGCUUCUGGAUUUUCAUGUACCGCGUUUCCCCCUUCACGUACCUCGUCUCGGCUAUGCUGUCCACUGGUGUCUCGGGCACGGACGCUAUCUGCGAGCAGGUGGAAUACCUCCAUCUCAACCCGCCUUCCAACACGACCUGCUACACCUACAUGGACCCUUACAUGAACGCCAUGGGUGGGACGCUGCAGAACCCCAAUGCCACGACCGACUGCGCGUUCUGUCAAAUCUCGGACACCAACACCUUCCUUGCGUCCGUGUCGAGUAACUUUGAUGACGCGUGGCGCAACUUUGGCCUCAUGUGGGUAUUUAUUGCGUUUAAUAUUUUCGCCGCCGUCUUCAUUUACUGGCUUGCUCGUGUGCCCAAGGCCAGCAAGAACCAGGGAUCUGCUUAGAUUUUUUUUCUCUCUUUUUCUUUUCUAUUUCUUUUCAAAAUAUUCAUCAUGGUUAUACCACAAUUUUCACUUACACCACUUACACCACUUAC